CGGCACCAGGCUGGAGCGCGCCCUCUGCCACCUGCCCUCCCCCCCGCGAGUCGCUCCUUUAACCCAGACAGACGGGACCCCCGGACUCCGCAUCUCGGUCCAUCCUCUCCGUCCUCCGGGAGGACCGAGCGGGCUGCGCGCAGGCAGGCAGGCAGGCAGGAGCGUGCUUGGCGACCCGCAGUUUGUUGUCGUUACCGGGAGCGCAGCGCAGCGCACACGCACGGCUCCAGCUCGACCUCCGCGGAGCCACUUGCGUAUGGAUGCACCAUGGCCACGUUUGUCUGCAGAGUUCAGUUCCUAGACGACACCGACCCGUUCAACAGCACCAACUUCCCGGAGCCGACCAGACCGCCGCUGUACACGUUCCGGGAGGACAUCCCGCUCAUCAACCAGCUCGCGGGCGUCCACCGACUCCUCAAAGCCCCGCACAAGCUCGAUGACUGCACUCUUCAGCUCUCCCACAAUGGAACCUAUCUGGACCUGGAGUCGUCGCUGGCAGAGCAGCGGGACGAGCUGGAGGGCUUUCAGCAGGACGACACGGGGUCCAGAGGGAAGAAGCACAGUGUUGUUUUGCGCACCCAGCUGACCGUCCGUGUACACGCCUGCAUCGAGAGGCUGUAUAACUCCAAUGGACGUGACUUGAGACGAGCAUUGUUCUCUCUGAAGCAGAUAUUUCAGGACGACAAAGACCUGGUCCACGAGUUUGUGAUGGCCGAAGGUCUGACGUGUCUCAUCAAGGUGGGAGCAGAAGCCGACCAGAACUACCAGAACUACAUAUUAAGAGCCCUGGGGCAGAUCAUGCUGUACGUGGACGGGAUGAACGGGGUCAUCGGACACCCAGAGACCAUCCAGUGGCUCUACACCCUCGUCGGCUCAAAGUUCCGCCUGGUGGUGAAAACAGCUCUAAAGCUGCUGCUGGUCUUUGUGGAGUACUCGGAGUCCAACGCCCCGCUGCUGAUAGAAGCCAUCACAUCUGUGGACACAAAGAGAGGUUGCAAAUCGUGGUCCAACGCGAUGGAGAUCCUGCAUGAGAAGGACGGAGUGGACACCGAGCUGCUGGUCUACGCCAUGACCCUCAUCAAUAAGACGCUCGCAGCGCUGCCCGACCAGGACUCUUUCUAUGACAUGGUGGACGGACUGGAGGAGCAGGGCAUGGAGACCGUUUCUCAAAGACACCUGGGACGGAAAGGGACCGAUCUCGACCUGGUCGAGCAGCUCAACCUCUACGAGAUGACUCUUCGGCAUGAAGACGGCGAUGACGACGGCAAGCCUCCGCCGAUGGGACGGCGGGACCGCCGGCGAUCCAGCCUCGGCUGCGGGGAUAAAAAGCGGGGCCUGGAGAGGAGGCGGAGCCGCAGGGCGUCUCUCGGGCGGUCCGGCCACGCCUCCCCCUGCGGCUCCGCCUCCCCGCAGAGGGCGGGCUUCCAGCCCUUCAACGGACACAGAGCCGAGGACGUGAGCGAGAGAGAGGAGGAAUAUGAGGAUGACAUAGAGGAGGAGGAGGAGGAGGAGGAGGAAGAGCAAGAGGAGACUCCUGUGACUGAGUCUGAAUCGGAUGAGCAGGAGGGGGCUAAUCAGACCACCCCCAGCCCGGCCAGGCCUCUUCCGUCCACGCUCCACAGAACGACGCUCCAGUCCAUCACCAUCACCUCCAGAAAGGGGUGCUUGAAAGAGGACGAGCAGAGGAAUCGGACGGAGCCGCCCCCCUCCUCCCCCGCCCCUCCCCCGGCCCCCUGCCCCGCCAGCCCGCCCGCCCAGCCCUCCCUCCUGGCCACCCUGCUGGCCAGGAAGCGCUCCAUCGUUACCGUCCCGGCCACCAAGGAGGUCAGCCCCCCCAUGCGGGGCAGCUCCCGGCCAUCCCCCGACCGCCUGCCCUACCUGCCGCACUCGCCCUUCCACCUCUUCUCGUAUGAUCUGGACGAGGAGCCGUCGCCCCCGCCCCCGCCCCCGCCCCCUUCUCUGGCUAAGCCCAGCGAGGAGCCGUCCAAAACCACGCCUCCCAGGAAUGGAGGCCUCACGCCGUACUCCUCACUCAGCACCCCAAACACACCCACCACCUCAAGGCCUGCUUUGGGAGGACUUUUAUCCUCCUCAUAUCGCCAACAUCAAGAAUCCUUGGCGGCCGAGCGAGAGCGCCGCCGUGUGGAGAGAGAGGAGAGGCUGCAGAGGAUCGAAAGAGACGAGAGGAACAAGCAGAGCCGCGGCUAUGUGGAUAAAAUGGAAGAGGCCAGGCUGGCGCGGGAGGAGAGGUAUAAAACCGUGGAGCGACUGGCGGCAGAGGAGUACGAGAGGGACCGCGUCCGGGUGUCCAGGACUCGCCCUGACCUCAACCUGACCUUCGAACCCUCGGAGGCCUGGCCCUCGUCGUCGCGCAGCAGCACCCCGUCGUCCUUCGCGUCCCAGGAGGACACAGAGGCCGACCUGGAAGCAGAGACAUCCGCCAUUCCCCACACGCCUUCCGAGACCGGAGAAGCCGAUGACUCCAGCGCCAGCGUAGAGGCAGAGGAGAAAGAGGCGCAAGCGACCGCCGAAGAGGAGGAGGAGGAGGAAGAAGAAGAGAAAGAAGAGGAGAAGGAGGAGGAAGUGCAGGAGGAGGAGGAGGCGGCGGCGGCAGAAGAGAAGGAAGAAGGAGUCGAGGAGGAGAACGAGCGGGAACCGGAGAAGGAGAGGGAGGAAGCCGAGGAGGACAGCGGCAUCCUGAGCGACAAGGAGCGGCAGAAUGAGGAGGUGAACGAGAAGGACAACUGCUCGGCCUCCAGCAUCUCCUCAGCCAGCAGCACCCUGGAGAGGGAGGAGAGGGGGAGCACGGAGAAUGGCUUCAAGGAAGCAGAAGUGAACGAGAACUGCAACAAACUCCUCAACAGCAAGCUCUUCAUGCUGGACAUGUUGUACGCUCAAAACAAGAAGCCCAGCGAGGAGGAGGAGGAGGAGGAGGAUGCGGAGAAAGAGACGGGGGAGGGAGAGAGCAGGGAGUCGCGAGACGACGCCGACAGGGAGCUGGCCGACGAGCAGGACGACAACCGGGACGACAAAUCCGACGGCCACGGGAGCAUCCGUCCGUUCGCGGAGCGGUUCGGGGACUUGAUCAAGGACUUCGGUGCGUCCCACCCCCACCUGGAGGGCCCGGCGAACGAGCCCCCUCCGCCCCCGCCCCCGCCCAAGAAAGAGUCGGACACCAUCUGGGACCAGCUCCUGGCCAGCCCCCGGGAGCUGCGCAUCGGGGACAUCAACUUCACCGACCUGACGGAGGACGACGACAAGGACAUCCUGGAUGCAGCCUUCAUGGGAGGGUGUGGCGACCUCCCGCCCCCGCCGCCCCCUCCCACCUGCAUUCCUCGCCUCCCGCCGCCGCCGCCGAUGCUGGGCGGAUGCCCGCCUCCGCCUCCGCUCAGCGGCAUGAUGAGACCCCCGCCCCCUCCGUGCUUCAGCGCCCCGGCCCCUGUGCCCCCGCCUCCAGAACCCCCCCUCUUCAACAAAAAGAAGAAGACUAUUAGACUCUUUUGGAGUGAGGUGCGUCCGGCGGACUCUCAGUACCGGGACUACAAGCGGAGCGGAGACUCGUUGUGGUCUAAACUGGAGCCAGUCAAGCUGGACACAGCCAAGCUGGAGCACCUGUUUGAGACUAAGUCGAAGGAAAUACCAGUCACAAAGAAAACGGCGGCCGACGGCAAACGUCAGGAGAUCAUCGUCCUGGACUCUAAAAGAAGCAACGCCAUCAACAUCGGGCUGACGGUCCUGCCUCCGCCCCGCACCAUCAAGACGGCCAUCCUCAACUUUGACGAGUACGCGCUGAACAAGGAGGGCAUCGAGAAAAUCCUGACGAUGAUCCCGACAGAGGAGGAGAAGCAGAAGAUCCAGGAGGCCCAGCUGGCGAACCCCGACGUCCCGCUGGGCUCCGCCGAGCAGUUCCUCCUCACGCUGUCCUCCAUCAGCGAGCUCUCCGCCAGGCUGCAGCUCUGGGCCUUCAAGAUGGACUACGAGGCGACGGAGAAGGAAGUCGCAGAGCCUCUGCAGGAUCUGAAGGAGGGGAUGGAGCAGCUGGAGAAGAACAAAACGCUUCGCUACAUCCUCUCCACGCUGCUCUCCAUCGGAAACUUCCUCAACGGCUCCAGCGCGAAGGGCUUCGAGCUGACGUAUUUGGAGAAGGUGCCAGAAGUGAAGGACACCGUCCACAAGCAGUCCCUGCUCCAUCACGCCUGCUCCAUAGUCGUCGAAAACUUCCCCCAGAGCACAGACCUGUACUCGGAGAUCGGAGCCAUCACGCGCUCUGCCAAGGUGGAUUUUGACCAGCUGCAGGAGAACUUGUGUCAGAUGGAGCGGCGCUGCAAAGCCUCGUGGGACCACCUGAAGGUGAUCGCCAAGCACGAAAUGAAGCCCCAGCUGAAGCAGAAGAUGUCCGACUUCCUCAAAGACUGCGCUGAGAGGAUCAUCAUCCUCAAGAUCGUUCACCGCAGGAUCAUCAACAGAUUCCAUUCGUUCCUGUUGUUCCUGGGUCACCCGGCCUACAGCGUGAGAGAGAUCAGUGUGCACCGGUUCAGUAAGAUCCUCAGUGAGUUCGCUCUGGAGUACCGAACCACGCGAGACCGCGUGCUGCAGCAGAAGCAGAAACGGGCCGACCACCGCGAACGCAACAAGACCCGAGGGAAGAUGAUCAUGGACGUCAACUCUCCUUCUGAUGAUGAAGAGGAGCGUGAGAUAGCAGCCUGUAUCAGCCAAUCUCAGUGCGCUCGCUACGGCUCCAGCAGCAGCAGCGGCGCCCCCUGUGACGGCCAGGAGAGCGAGGAGCCUCAGGGUCUGGGCCACGCCGAGGACGCCGCCGAGCACGAGCACAUGAAGGCGGUGCUGAGGACCAGCCUCGGCGGCGGCGACAAGGAGGGCGGAGGAGUGCCGGGCCUCCGCACGCGCACCAGGUCACGGCCCGGACGGGGAGGUCGCAGCAUGCAGGCGUGGACGCCGCCCGUGGAGGACGCGCAGAUCUGUGGAGACGACGCGGCGGAUGAGAUCAUGGAGCGCAUCGUGAGGUCGGCCACUCAGGGUCCAGGAACCAGAGCCCAGCCCAGGGAGAGGAGGAGAUCCAGGGCCAACCGCAAGUCAUUGAGACGGACUCUGAAAAACGGGCUCACCCCGGAGGAGGCGCUCGCUUUGGGCCUCACCGACUCUCCAGACGGACAAAUGUGAUCACUCCUCCCAAAACUGUUCGUCCUGGCCACUGAGACACGACCGGAGUCGUAUUCCAUGAGCCGCUCCAGGCUGCCGCCAGCUGCUAUCAUCCCCUGACGUUUCUGGACGAAGGAGAUGCGUUUGUUUCUGUUGUAUUCGGUACAAAAAAAGUAGAAUUCCACAAGAAACAAAAAGAAUGCAUCACAUCAGGACUGAUGUUCUAAAUUUGGAAACCCAGUGCAGCGAUGCUGCCACCACAUUGAAUCAGUCCAAAAAGUGUUUUGUUUUGUUUGUUUGUGAGUUUUUAUGCAGCUGUGACGCCACAUUUUUCCACUUAUUUAAAGCUGAGGACAGAGAGGGUUUUGUCAGUAUGUAUGUUUUCCUCUGCAAUGACAAGCAUGGCUGCUUUCUGUAGAAAGGUUUCCCAUUGAGUGCCUUUCAUUUCAAAGGGACAACGCUGUACCUUGUUUUUGUCUAGUUUUUUUUUUUUAACCAUCCCUCUCUUAUAUACACUCCCCGCUUCACAGAUGAGUCACAGACGUCUCAUUUACAGCCUGUUUUUAUCAAGUAUUGACUCUCUCAGUAUUUAUUUGCAAAGCUCUGACAUCUCGCACCUUAAAGAACGUCAGUCGUCCCUCGUGCUGAAACGGACGUUUUUAUUUCAGAGGAACUGUAAAUUGUAAAAAGAAAAAAAAAAGUUUUUAACUUUUUCUUUUUAAAUUUAAUUUUAUGAAUCUAUUUUGAAGGACUCGCAGAUUAUUCUGCAU